AUGGCUGGCCGAGGAGGGAAUGGAGCUGCAGCAGCCAAGGGUGGACUGGAGAGCUUUCCAGCCGAAAUCAAACGUGCUGGGGAAAAGCUCUUGCAUUGCUUUACGAAUCCGAUGGCAGGAGUCAUCUCCGUUUGGGGAGUUGGGAAAUGGGGAAUUGCCGAAUAUGCAUCUCGAAAGUCGAACGACUCCCAUCUCUUCCAUCAACAGAUACUGGUGAAGCUAUUGGGAGGGGAUUUUAGUUUUGGAAAGGCUCAGAAGGAAAUCUUGCGCCAACUAGGAAUGACGACGUCUAUGGAGGGUAGCGAUGACGACGAAGAGACAGAUACCCAAGUUGCGACUGAAAUCUACAACUCAUUGAUCAGACAGAAGUUCUUACUAGUUCUAGGAGAUGUCGAAAUCUCAGACAUCAAUUUCGAGCUUCUUGGAGAUCCAAAUCUCAGACGGCUAUUACGAAAUGAUUCCAAGAUUGUCCUCGUUGGAUCCAAGUACGUGCGAUCCGACAUGGCUAUUAAGUUGGACGGCUUGUCGAUGGACAUGUUACUCAAAGAGGCAGCUAGCAUCGCUCUUUCUCCCAGCAUCAAGGGUCGUUUCACUCCCAACACUCUCCUGGACUGCUUCCUCUACAUGUUGUUAUUCCGGGGUUCUUCAGUUAAAGUCGAUAUGCUGAGAUGGUAUUGGAGAGGGGAGGGAUUUAUUAUCACUGAAGAGGUUGAAGAAGAAGAUUUGACGAUGUUCGACAAGGUCGAGGAUCUGUUGACGGAGUUCCAGGUUCGUUCCUUGGUAGAGCGAGAUGGCGAUAGUCAUGUGACUGUUCAAAACUCGGUAGCUGGGACAGCUAAAGCUCUAGUCAAAUGGAAUAAAAGAAGCAAUUCAACUCAUGGUAGAUUCUGGAUUGAAGAAGGUUCCCUACCGAAGGAGAACGAUAAGUUGAAAGAUAUUCAAAGGAUGGUGGUUUGGGACAUUAGAGAAAUUUCCACUCUCCCUCUAAAAUGCCCUAAACUCUCUACUUUGUUUCUUGUUGGAGAAUCUGUAUUCAGAAUAUCAGACAACUUCUUUGAGCAAGUUAAAGAACUUCGUGUCCUUCACCUUGAGAGCAUAGCAAAUGAAUCUCUGCCCAAACUCACUUUGAUCUGUUUGCAAAAUCUCAGAGUUUUGAAACUGAUUGACUGCCCUCAUUUACAAACUCUCCUUCCUUCGUUUCGGUUUUUUCACAAACUUGAGUUCCUUCAAAUUUCAUUUGAAGCUUUCAAUUCAAGCCUAUCAAUACCAGACGAUGUCUUUCAACACAUGACCAACAUCAGAUAUCUCCAUCUCGAAGGCAUGCAAAUCACGUCGCUGCCUUCCUCAAUUUCCAAGCUGCACAACCUCCGGCACCUCUUGUUCAUUAACUGCAAUUCUUUAAUAAGUAUCCCAGAUGAGUUCUUUGCUAAGUUGAGGCAGCUUCGAAUCCUCGACUUACAUGGGAAUGAUAAGCUGGAAUCUCUACCAUCUUCGCUCUCUAUAUUAGUCAACCUGAGGAAACUCAUAUUGUACAAUUGUUUUUCGUUAAAGAUGGGAUUGCCCUCUCAUUUGCAGAAGCUGUGUGCACUUGAGGUGCUUGAUCUCCACGGUUGUCGUUCCGUCCAAGAUAUCGGAGAUAUUACUUCUUCACUCUUGCCAAACCUACGCAAGCUUUCUAUUUCCAAAAUUGAGGCCGUUCAACGGCUUUCCUUGAAAGGUUUCAAAAGCUUAGAGUAUGUAUCAAUGCAUGGGCUUACAAGCCUUCAAGUGCUUGAUCUUUCGGCUACUAACCUCAAAACACUGCCUCAAGGUAUGUCCAACGCACGUUAUCUAAGGUGCCUGGAUAUGCUACACAUGAAUCAAAUGCGUGAAAUUCAUUGGGCUGAUAUCAGUACUGAGCUUGAAGAGCUCAAUUUUAGUCAGUGCAGCACCUGGAAUUCAUCAAAUGAUGUUGAACAGACAGGAGAGAGAGGUGGGGCUCACAUAAGGGUGAGUAAUUCCAAGCUCUUACAAUCUUUUAGCCCAUCCUUAACACUGUGGAAUUCAAAAUGCUUCUCUCGAUUCCAUAUCUACAUCUCUCCUUGCCAAGAAGACAAACAAGGAACACCUAAAUCCAUCCAUCUCCAGAGAAGGCUAUUCGUAUAUAAAGACAUCGAUUGCCCAAUCCAAACACAUAACUUACCUCAUCUUGGAAGCCAUUUCGAUAGGUGUUUGGAGAUCCGAGGAGGUCAUAGAUCCCCAAAUGGUAUGCACGGGGUUCUCAGUCGUGUGGAAUUACUCACACUGUUUGACAAUGCCUUUGUCCAAAGAUUAUCAGAUUUGGGUGAUGUCGAUAAAAUAAAGGAAAUGAAAGAAUGUUGGGUUGAGAGGUGCGAGCGGAUGGAGAUGUUCUUUGAGGGAGAGAAUGCCAGUUCAGACUGUUUAAGUCGUCUGGAGAAGAUAUGGAUGUCCAACCUUGCAAGACUGAGGAGUGUGUGCGAGGGGACAUAUGGGAGCAGGAGCUUUGCACUCUUAAGGCACAUACAUCUAGACUACUGCCUGAGACUUGUCACUGUGUUCUCCUCAACUGUAUUCCUACAAAGCCUGGAGACGCUCGAGAUCAAAUGCUGCAGUAAACUGGAGGCUGUGUUUGAAGGGGACGCUGCGGCAGCAGGCUCGCUCCAACAACUGCACACGGUGUGUCUAUGGGAGCUUCCAAGGCUGAAGAAUAUUUGCCACGGAACUCAACUGUCGGCAUUGAAUAAGCUGAAAGUGAGGGGAUGCGGGAUGCUGAAGAAGCUUCCUCUUCGAGCUGGCGACAGGACUGCUGCUGCUACUUCUGCUAGUGAUGAUAGAGUGGCGGUGGAAGGAGAGUCGGAAUGGUGGGACCGUCUCAAGUGGGAAGAUGAGAAGAUCCAGCACAUUAUCAACUUCAAAGAUCCUCGCCCUCUUAGAAGGCGUAGAUGA